AUGGAGGAUGCAGCAACACAUGGUUCUCCGCCGGGGCCACUGGCAUCCGUCUCCUGCCCGAACCCAGAUCCUCCUCUGACUAGCUUCGACCGGUUGGAUCUCCUCAAGGCCCUGAAGCAGCAUACUGCAAGUUACGGCUUUAAAGUUACCAUCCUAAGAACCAAGACCCGCCCCAAUGGCGAGAUCUAUCGCGUGGUCCUUGUCUGCGACCGUGGUGGCCGCCCCAAACCCUCCCAGAGCCGUGGUAUCCGAAAUGCCAAAUCUACAAAAACGGACUGUAAAUGGUCCAGCGUCCUACUGCACACCGGCACAGAGUGGCUCCAUGUACCGGGCCACUCCGUGCAUAAUCAUCCUCCGCCGCUGAGCUUCGAGCCUCGCGACUCGGCGAGAAGCCGUGCAGAGGCCAGGAAGGCCGCCUCCACCCGCGUCCGCAUACGUGCUGUCCUCCCCAACCUCUUCCUCGGUGCCUGGCCCCCAGGCCCCAAGAAUUCCUUGACCGAUGUGCCUGGCGUCCUCGUCUCGACGCACUCGUUGCAUCCCAUGUGGACUGUCAACACCGGCGUCACCUGCGUUCUGCCUCGGAAGGAGUGGUUCUCAGAGGCUUGCCAUGCUGGCAUCUUCCGCUUCAAUGGUGCCGGAGAGAUGACCGGCUCUCAUUGGAUCGCCGAGACGGGCCUCCUUAACUCGCCCAUCAUCAUCACCAACACGUUGGCCGUCGGUGAUGCUGUCAGGGGCGUGUACGAAUAUGCUGUAGAGCACCAUUCCACUGAGAGCGGCGAGCUCAAGUCCUUUAUGAUCCCCGUCGUCGCCGAGACCUUUGAUGGCUACCUCAGCGACAUCUGCAAAAUGACCGUCAAGUCGACAGACAUUGUACGGAGCAUCAACGAAGCCACCGAUGCGCCAGUCAAGGAGGGUAACACUGGCGGCGGCACGGGCAUGAUCUGCCAUCACUGGAAGGGCGGCACUGGUUCGGCUUCACGCGUGGUCCCGGGCCAGGAUGCCGACGGUGAGCCCAAACCAUACACCGUCGGUGUACUGGUCCAGGCCAACUAUGGCAAGGCGGCGCACCUUCGCAUUGGUGGUGUUCCUGUGGGACGGAUCCUUCUGUUUCAGGGAGAGCAGGAGCAGGCGGCGCUUCUUCAAAGAGAUGGGCAGUCGCCGCAGCAGGAGGGUCAGCAAGCACAGCAGCAACAAGCAUCGGCAACGCAAGCGCCACAGCAGCAACACCAUCAGACACAACAGAUGGAACACCAAAUGCAGCAGCAAGAGCGGCGUCAGCAACAGAUUAUAGAGCAACAACGACAGCAGAUCAUCCAGCAGGAGCAGGAGCAUAUGUUAUUUCAAGAGCAGCAACAACAACGUCGUCAGCAGGAGCGUCGACAGGAGGAGCAGCAGCUUCAACACGAGCAGCAAGCUCGACGGCGACAGGAACAGCAGCAGCCACUGGGCCAAGAGCAACAACAGCAGGGCUCCGGACCUGUGCAGUCAUCAGUCAAUGCCCCGCAGAUACAGGAGAACCAGACACAAGAACGUCCAACAGAAGAAGACUCCGAAAUGGAACUCGAUGAUGACGACGAUGACGACGCUGAUAAUCCCCAGUCCGCCGCAGACGCCCAGAUUCAAUCUCAAGUCCUCGAUCAGUACCACAACUGGCAAGCCCAUGUCGCCGCCCACAAGGAGCGCAAAGACGGCAGUAUCAUCGUGAUCAUUGCCACCGAUGCUCCUCUUACGCCAACUCAGUGCGAGCGUCUCGCUAAGCGCGCGACCGUCGGUCUCUCCCGCGUCGGCGGCUACGGACACAACCCAUCCGGCGAUCUUUUUCUUGCCUUUUCCACGGGAAACCAUGUUCCCGUGCAAACGUUGGCAACGGACGGCUCGGAUGCCUUUAACUCGUACAAGGCAAAAGCGCUGAAGCUCGAGGCUGUCGAUAAUGCAGGCAUCAAUGGACUUUUUGAAGCAGCGGCGGACGCUACGGAAGAAGCGAUUUACAACUCAAUCGUCAUGGCAGAUUCUAUGGAGGGUUUCAAGGGGAGGAGGGUUGAAGGCAUUCCCGUCCAGAAGCUGAAGGAUAUCAUGUCCCGAUAUCUAUGA